GUGAAUACAGGACUCAAACUUAGGCUGCAAGUCUUUGACCAAAGGCAAAACAACAAGACUGAGAUGAAUUCUUCCUGAGGUAUCUGGGAGCCCGUCCAAUAAAAGCAAAGCAAGCUGCUAAUAAGCUGGACCGCAAGAACAGGAAAACAAUGCAGAGCGCCGGGAACGAGCUUCCUAACAAUACCCGUAUUCAUCCUCCAGGCUUUUAUAUCAUAGGACUGAACUCUAUGCCGUACACCAACAUCUAUGUCAUUUUUCUUACUGUACUUUACGUGUUUACAAUUAUGUGCAACGUUUUUCUCAUCAGCAUCAUUUUCUAUGAACGUCGUCUACAUGUCCCAAAGUUCAUGGCCGUUGGGAACCUGGCUGUGGUUGAUCUUGUGCUCAGCAGUUCUCUUGUGCCCAGCAUGAUAAAGGCGUAUCUUUUCCUGGACAAUUUUGUACCAUUCAAAUGGUGCCUUUUGCAAAUGUACACUUACUAUGCUUUUUUAUCACUCGAAUCCAUGUCGCUAUGUGUUUUGGCUUAUGACAGGAUGAUCGCAAUUUGUUUCCCUUUGAGACAGGAGACAUUGAACACCAACACCAAAAUGGCUUAUAUUAUAGGUGGGAUUUGGUGUUUUGCCAUUGUUGUUGUUAUUUAUGGCCCUACAUCCAUUACAUACUUAUCAUUUUGCGGCUCGGUUAAGGUCAACAGCUAUUUUUGUGAUUAUGCUCCUGUUUUCAGGCUUGCAUGCAGUGAUAAUUCCCAGCAAUGGAUUUUUGCCACCAGUUUAUCCAUACUCCUUGUGUUUCUACCUUUCAGUUUUAUUUUCUUGACAUAUACGUGUAUACUGAUCUGUGUAUUCAGAAUGAAAAGCAUUCAGAACAGAUAUAAAGCAUUGGCUACAUGCUCAGAGCACCUUAUAUUGGUGGCGCUGUUUUUCAUCCCCGUUUCGAUUGUUUUUAAUCUUGGGUUUUUUGGAAUUGUUAUAAAUCCUAAUGUAAGGGCGGUGGUCCUCUCCAUCACUUCUUGUCUUACACCCUGUGUGAAUCCCAUUCUCUACUCUCUGAAAACUAAAGAGAUUAGAAUCAGAUCUUAUUUUUUGUUUAUUCAGAGACUGUCUGUCCAUCCACUACCAAAAAUGAAUAUUAAUGUGCAUUAAUGUAAAGUUAUUUAUGAAAUUAUUUCUAAUGUUAUUUGGGGCAAUGUUUAAUUUUGGUUGGCAUACAGUACAUGUACAUUGUUUUUAAUAAAGUCUUA